UACUUUUCUUUAAAACCUCUCCGUAGCAAAUUAAAAACACCUCAAAGUGCAAUAACCAUGGAGGAACACAAACCGGACAUCCUCUCAAGCCUACCGCUAGAGCUUCUCCUCUACAUCAUCAGCUUCCUCCCUUUCGAAUCCGCAAGACUAAUCCCUUUGGUCUCCACACGGUUUAGGUCCGUUUGGAACAAGGCCAUACUCGUCUCUCACAGCCACAACGGCUCCAUCGAAGACAUAUCUCACGUUGUCUCUCGCUUCAUCAACAACUUUGACGAGCAUGAUCCUACUAAAAACACUCGGAGGCUAGAGUUACACGUUGGCAAGUCAACCUUCGUGUCCACUAUUCUCGCACCUCAUAACGUCAUGCAUAUGAGCUUCUUCUUCUCUGGUGAUUCUAAGAAAGAAGAGAGCUUUUGCUGGCGUCUUGAGAUCAACGAUCAGAUCCCAAGACGUGUGGACUUAAGCGGUUUCUUGGUGAAGACGCUUUGUUUAGACUCGGUGAAUUCGUUAACCCAUGAGGUCGUUUCCUCCAUGGUUUUGGACUUUUCUUUACUCGAGAGCCUAAAGAUUUGUGGUUCCAAGGGACUGACUUCUCUCACUAUAGAUUCACCAACUAAACUUCUUCACUUGUCGAUCUCGGGAUGCCCCAUGCUGAGAUAUCUCGAGAUCAGAUCAUUUAAGCUUAAAAGUUUUCAUUACCAAGGAUCUCUACCUUUGAUCAAGAUUCAUGAACAUUUCAACUUGACCAAGGCGAUUUUCGACGUAACACAAGGUCCAAGCUAUUACAACAACGGUUUAGACAUGGGUCCUCUCUCGCUGAUCAUCAAGAAUUCUCGUUAUCUUACACUUUGCAGAUGGAUGUUCGAGAUCGAUUCAAAUACUUAUAGUUCAAACGGAGAAGUUAGUGUUGAUGCUGACCACGCAAGUGAACAUGCAAGAGUACUAAGGGAUCUGAAACUGGUCAAAUUGGAUGGAUUCAAGAGUGAAGAGGAUAAGAAUAAACUGAUAAUGGCUCUACAAGAGAUAGUCAGUAUCGAUCAGCCUCUGCUUGUACUGUCUUCGAUUUCUUGAGAUCGAUACUCUGACUUGGAAUGGAAACGACAAAAGAUUUAUGUCUAAAUAUACACGCAUGACAUGCUUUAAUUAAUCUCCUGUCAUUUU